AGUCGGGUGGACCGAAUGAUCGACUAACGGUUGUGAACAUUUAAACAGAUAGUGUGAAAUAUAUGGCUAUGUGAAGUAGAUGAAAGGGGUGGAGUGGGGCGGAGCGAAGAGUUUAAGAGUUGGCGUUAAUGCGUAUUUUAUUUAGUUAUAACCUUGUUGAGGUUAAGAGUGACUUCUGUGGUGAAAAGGUAUCGCGGCUGAAUAGUACUGAAAACACUGAACUACGACUAAAGAGGCAUAUUUUGGAGAGUGUUGUUCUUAAUAUUAAAGACAUGUCAUCGUCAUCUGAUGAAGAACGUCACGGAGCGGAUGGAGGAAACAUGAACGGUUCUGCAGACGGUGGAUUAUUGAGGUCCUCCUCAGACAGAUACCCGAGAACACCUAAAUGUGCUCGCUGUCGGAACCACGGUGUGGUGUCAGCUCUGAAGGGACACAAGCGCUACUGCCGAUGGCGUGAUUGCAUGUGCGCCAAAUGCACAUUAAUCGCAGAAAGACAGAGAGUCAUGGCUGCCCAAGUGGCACUUCGGCGCCAGCAGGCGCAAGAAGAAAAUGAAGCCAGAGAGAUGGGCGUCCUGUAUGGACCAUCCGGGCUUCUACAGAUCAACCCAGACUGCGCGUCCAUGUUCCCUGACGCCGCCAAGUCAGUUGACGGCACACAGAAAGUGAAUGCCGAUGACGAACCGGAAACAGAUUCUCCUCCUUCUUCCAAGAGACAGAAGUUAGAACAGAAUGAAGAAUCUGGUCGUUUAUCUGUGUCCUCGGAUGACUCGAGGUCCAUUUCCCCUUCGUACAGCGAUGACAGGCGUUACCAUGGCGACCGACCACCAUCCACCUCUAAAACACCACAUUCUGGACCUCUCGAGGAACUACCCAGUGUUUACGACAGAAACGGACGUCUUUCAGAAAACUGGCUGCUGAAUUUUGCCCAGUCUCAGAAUGGGUCCAAGAAGACGCAACAACCUAUCGACGUAUUGUGUAGAAUAUUUCCUCAAAAGAAACGAAACGUUUUAGAACUGAUUUUACAGGGCUGCGGGGGCGACACCGUUCAGGCCAUAGAGCAGGUUGUGGCAACCCAGCGACAGGAGGAGAGCGCUGCGAGCGGCAUGCUGUACGCGGGACUAUCCCAUAACCACAUGACAAAUCAUUUGCAGAGUUCCAUAUUUAAGUCCGCGUUUUCACCGCUGCCCACUUUCUCUGCGGCAAAUGCUCUUAGUACCAUGCGAUACGCCUGGGGUGGGGCCGCGGGCAACAGGCUUGCGUUGACAAUGCCCUACCAGCAUUUCCUUCCAGGUCUAUCAAUGGGUUCGUCGUUUGGAUACGGCCCUUUAAGCAACUCGGCUGAUAAGAUUUCUCCGUACAGUAUGUAUCCAUUCUGGGCAGGAAAACCGUUCGGAACAAAAGAGGUCGAAAAGUCACCGGGUUGUGUUAGUGACUAGAACGUGCACCAUGUUUUUUUGUGUAUCAGAGUAUUGCAUUCUAAUUAAAAUGUUAUAUUAUUUAUUUAAGAAAUAAAUCCUUUUUAUUUUACUUCAUUUUUAGUCUGCGACUCACAAAUCAUUUGUUCAAAUCAUGAACAUCGUUUGACUGAUUUUGCUUAUACGAGAUAGAACAUUUAAUAGACUUGUUGUCUCUCAAUAUUUAUAUCAGUAUUUAAAUUAUAUUUUGUUUGUUUGUUUAUACAACUUUGUCAUGUCAUGUACUACAUGCGCUAUGAACUGAUUAAAUUAUAUUCACUAA